AUGCGAAUUCGCCUACCUUUUGCAGGAGUUUUCUUCCUGCUAUGUCUCCUUGCAGGCUACGCAGGACUCUCGUCCCUACAGCUCGACACCGUUAUCAAUGACAAAGUCCUACACUUCUUAACUUUUUUCCUCUUGACCGUCGCUUUCUACUGGAUCAUCGACACGAACCGUCGCCGUACCCUCAACUUCACCGUGGUUGUAUGUACCAUAGGCCUCGGUGUCGGCUCCGAAUUCCUCCAAGGGUUUCUUCCUAACGGACGAGAGUUUGACCCCUUCGACAUUGCCGCCAAUAUUGUGGGCAGCUUGGUGGGGCUCGGGUUGUGUUCCUGGUACCACUUAAGAAUGCUAGAGAGGAAACGUUCCCGUAGACAAUACAACGCUGUUCCGGGUGAGGACCCUACAGAUCUCGAACUUGAUGAGGAUAUCGAGGCUCAAGAGGAGGGUGUCAUGACAGCAGCUGAAAAUGAAAGGGCUAGCACACUCGAAGAAGAAGUCGACAACUGGGACGAGAACGCCGUGGACGCAUGGGAUGAGGGUGAAGAUGAUGGCGAUAUAGGUGUUAGUAAUGGUAAAACGACCGAGCAAAACGGGGGAGAAACAAUCGACACCAAGAAACGAGUCGACUGA